AUGCUGGAUCAACCACAGAAGAAGCCAUUCUGUAUCCACUCUCUUGCAACUCUCCAACAUUCUUUCUCAAGUUCACAAGCUUCUUUCUUUCUUAAAAUUUUUUUUGGGUAUUCAGAUUGGGUUGUUUUGUGUAUGGUUUCGGAGAACGUGUAUUUAAUUAUAUAUUCCAAUGGAGAAAUUUCUCAUACAACAGAAGGUAUUACAUUCGUUUGCGACGAUCCAUUAUGGAUAAUGAUUCCACCACAGACAUCGUUACAGGAUCUGAAGAAUCUAAUUCUGGUUCAAACCGGAAUGGUUGGGAAAAAAGAAAUCACGAAGUUGACUUACAGGAUGCCGGUGGCAGUGGCCAACUCGUUUGCGUAUCAAAAAAUGCAGAUAAAAUCUGAUCAGCAGGUGUCGAUGAUGUUCUCUUAUCAUCGCUGCAUAGGUACCAUAUAUUCGUUGGAGCUUUGUCUGAAUAUUCAGGAUAUUGGCGGAAGCUCGUCCAGUUCCAAUAAUGUGGAUGGUGUGAGAAAUCUGGGAGUGACUGAUUUUGUAACGGGUCCGGAUACAAGUAGGGCCCGUAGUCCAAGCUUCAAUGCGCAUCCCGAUGUUGGCAUCCCUGAAAGUUCUGACGAGAAUGAAAUUGAAGAAUUCAGUGGUGAUGAGGCAGAAGUCGUUCCGGAAACGCAACCUCUGCAUAGCGACUCUGUUCCUCCAACACCUGUCGAACCGGUAGGUGGAGGUGUAUCCUCCAGUACACCUGCACACUACCUGUCCCUAAAUCUUGGAGCAAUGCAUUCGAGUAAUGCAGAAGACAGACCUAGUAGCUACCCUCUCUCAGGCGAGAUGGAGCUCGAGAUUGGGUUAAGGUUUCUGAACCGGGAAACAGCGAUGCUGGCAGUGAAAAACUACAACAUUCGUAGGAGUGCAGAGUAUAAGGUCGUAGAGUCAGACCAAAUGAGGUAUGUAUGUCGAUGCAAGCAGUUCGGUGAUUAA